AUGGAUGCAACACUCAUAGCUAGUGAAUGUGUGGACUCUAGACUCAGAGGUGAACAUCCAGGGAUCAUGUGUAAGCUAGAUAUAGAGAAAGCUUAUGACCAUGUUAAUUGGGACUUUCUUCUCAAUAUUCUCAAACAAAUGGGUUUUGGUGAGAGGUGGUUGAAGUGGAUUGGUUUUUGCAUUAAAACUGUCAGGUUCUCAAUUCUGGUUAAUGGAGAACCUGCUGGUUUUUUUCCCUCAGUAAGAGGACUCAGACAGGGAGAUCCUCUUUCUCCGUUUCACUUCAUAUUAGCCAUGGAAGGCUUCAACAGUACGAUGAGGGUGGCUAUCCAAAAUAGUUGGUUAAAAGGUUUCAGGAUAGGCAACCAAGCAUGUGAGGAGAUGCAGAUUUGUCACUUGCUUUAUGCAGAUGACACUGUUAUUUUCUGUGAAGCUAAGGCAGAACAACUUAGAUUUAUCAGAUUGAUUUUGGUGGUUUUCGAGGGUGUUUCUGGUUUAGCUCUUAAUUGGAGGAAGAGCAGUAUUUUCCCUAUUAAAGAAGUCCGACAAAUACGAAGUCUGGCCAACAUUCUGGGAUGUAAAAUUUAG